UGUCACCACCAUGUGACACCAUGUGUCACCAUCACCAAGUGAAACCGCCAUCACCACCAUGUGUCACCACAUGACACCACCAUGUGACACCACAUGUCACCACAUGACUCCACCAUGUGACAACACCACAUGACACCACCAAGUAAAUUCACCACGUGACACCACAUGAUACCUCCGCCACCAUGUGACACCACGUGAAUCCAUCAUGUGACACCACCACGUGGCACCAUGUGAUACCUUCACGUGUCACCACCAUGUGACACCACGUGAAUCCAUCACAUGACUCCAUCACUCAACCAGGUGACUCAACCACGUGAUUCCACCACGUUAUUCCACCAUGUGACUCCAUCACGUGACUUCACCACGUGAUUUCACCACGUGACUCCACCACGUGACUCCACCUCAUGACUCCACCUCAUGACUCCACCACAUGACACCACCACCAUGUGACUUCACCACAUGACACCAUGUGUCAACCACUUGACACCACCACGUGUCACCAUGUGACUCCACCACGUGUAUCUUUUUAUAGAAUUUUCUAUUUAUGGAAUCCCGUGUUUCUUUUAUAGAAUUGCGUGUUUCUAUUUAUAGAAUUUUCCAUUUAUAGAAUUGCGUAUUUCUAUUUAUAUAUAUAUAUAUAUAUAUAUAUAUGUUAGUAUAUUUAUAUAUACAAAAUAUAUAGACAAAACUAAUGUGACAAGACAGACCGAUUAAUUUUAUAAGAAGGAAACGUUAUGAUUUUGUUCAAACAUUUCUUUGUUUGCUUUUAGAGAAAGUAAAAAGUCGAGCGUUGCCCCCGCCGCCCGGCGGUGGCUCUUGUUGUCAGAGUUAUACCCCUUUCACUUUGAAAAUAAUAUGAAUACUCUGUGUUAACUACUUGCAUUUACUUUAUAUUGAUAACCAAUACUCGUUACACUAAAAAGCAAUACUCGUGACACCGGCGGGAAACUCCAACGCAAUACUCGGUACACUGACAUGUGUAUUUAUUCUCAAAAUGCACUGUCAUCUGGGGUUCUAUUGUUGAUUGAACAUUUACAUCAUAACCAUUAUCAUCAUUAUCACAUUUCACUCGAUUCAAGUUUUUCUUUUAGGAAGUAUAUGCACAAAAACAUCAAAUUUAACUGAUCCGAGCUCAUUUAUCACGUGAGCAAAGAGACGAAUUGUACCUCCUAAUUACAUUUCAAAGGUAUUUCUGAACAUUUUUGGGGUUUCAGCAACUAGAGAAAUUAUCGAAGUAUUUGUUUUUUCUAUAAAAUUUACAUCAAACCAAUUACAAAUGCUUAAAUAUCGUCACUAAACUUACCUCCUUCCUCGUUCAAAGUCGCGAAUUGGUAUGAAAGUCCUCAUAAUAUCGAGCAAUAUACGGGGUACGGUUUACCGCAGUGAUAAUUACAUUUACUAUUAACAAAGCAUUAAAAGUGAGUUAUACUGGUUGGGGACCACCAAAACCGGACAACCACCAAACCCGGACGGCCCCGAAAAUGCUUAAUUUAGUAUUUUCUUUGUUCAGUGGUUGUCAGUCACUUUUUUAUCAACAAUAAGUGCAUGUUUCUUUUAAAUUUAAGUAAAUGAAUUUAUUUAAACCUCCGUAAAUGGUAAUAUUUUAAUGUCUAUUUCAAGAAUGUUAACGUUGAAAUUCGGGGGUCAAGAAUGCAAUGCCUGACCUCAUAUACCAGCUAUAAUCAUUUGCAGAGUGAAUAAUAGAAUCCAAAACUUCAGCAUUUGUUGCUGAUAAAUUGUAUAUCAUGUUACAAAUCAAAAAUCAAAACACCCAGGCUUUUAUCUGAAUUUCAUCUCCUGCAUAACUCCUUAAUGGGCCCCACAGAGAGAAGACGCAGCUAAUAGCAAGCUUAUCAGUACGAGGCUUUAGCUUGGAUUGAUCAGUCAUAUAAUUCAUAAAUUGUUCAAAAUACGAAAUUCGAUUUCCAAACAACAUUUCAAAACGUUGAUAUCAUUAAUCUUUUUAUAUAUUUCAUUAUAAUAUUGUGGAUUUCAUUCGAAGGUAAGUUCGUUUAGAUUUAAAUGUGAUUCUUGAUAAAAUUCCUUCUGCACUUGCCCACUUCGGCGGUCAGUUGUAACUUAAAUUGGAUAUAUACCAGAUAUACAUAUCAGCAGAACUGCGCAGUAGACAAACAGAGAAUGUAUGCGUAAAAUGCAAAAGUGCAACUUAAUUUCAGUUGCCUAUAUAUCGGAAAACAACUUACUUUCAGUUGACCGAUUCAUUGUUGAAAUUUCCAAUUUUUUACGCAUGACGUCAGAAUAAAAAUGGCUGCAGUCAGCGUCCGAUCUCGACAUAUUUAUUUAUUGUGCAGAAUUUAAGCACAAAUGAGAUUCGGCGAAUUUAUAAAAGGUAGUCUAACUCCAGAAAUAGUUAGGCACAUUUCCUCAUUCCUAAUACAAAACUUUGGUGCUGAGAAAACACAAAUAAACCUUGAAAGGCAACUUUAUCAAAAAUAAUUAUCGGAUUUUCCGAUUCUAAAAAUAGACCGUCAAAUACGGCUGGAAAUAUUAUCGUUGUCAUCACAAUAAUUUCUUGUGUAAUAAUGACUUCGUUUCUAGAGUUAAAUUUGUGUAUGAAAGGCCUUGGGAGUGUAAAACAGACUUGCUGGAAUGUCACUCAUAUUUCGAAACUUUUUUCAGGCUACUCAAUGGAGUUGGCAAAAGGCCAGGGCGGAAGUCGUGGAGAAUCAAGCACAGCGCAUGCGCAUCGGCAUCGGGGCGCCGAAGGGGAUGACAACGAUGAAACAAUAAUAAGUGAACUUCGGAAGCAAAUGUCAGAGUUCAGUAGCGCUACGCAAGGAAUAAAAACGUUGGCAGAAGCAGUUACUGUCAUGAGACAGGACAUAAAAGAACUGCAGAAAAGAAAAUCGGAGGACGACUCAAACAUAUCAUCCUCUAAAAAGAAAAAAUCUGACAAACAAAUAAUUGAUACUUGUGCAGCUGCCAGAAGUGCAGAGUCAGAAAGUGAAUCUACUGCCAGAAGUGCAGAGUCAGAAAGUGAAUCUGAUAUAGAGGGGUUCUUAAUUCAAGAAGAAUCUGCCACUGAGGAAAAGGACACAGGGUCUUUCUUGGAAGACCUGGAUCAAUUCUUCUCAGAACAGAAAGAAACGGGGGAGGAAUUAAAUGACAAGCUGGCUGCAAUAACAAACGAAGCUCUUCGUGGGUCUGACAAAAGAGAUGUUGAAAAGAUAAAGGAGUUUAGAGAGAAAUACAAGAGACCAGUAAAUGUUGAAAAUCUUCAAGUACCAACAGUUGAAGAGGUUGUUUGGCGUCAACUCCAAUUAAACACCAAAACCGUGGAUUUCCUCUUGCAAAAAGUCACGGGCAACUACGCACUGGCACUAACACCACUUCUCAGGGCUUUGGAUCUGUUGAAAUCCAAAGGGAGCCAGGAAGAUAUUACAAGCUGUCUAAUGGACACAUUUAAAAUCCUUUGCCUUACGUUUAAGGCAACAAACACAUCGAGGAUAGAAAGAAUUCGGAAAGACAUUCAGCCUCAAUUUAAGGCCAUAUGUGACAAUGAGUCAUCUGCAACCAAACUAUUUGGCGACAACUUGCAAGAAACUGUCAAAAAGCUGGAGACAAACAAAGUGAAGUUGGUAAAUUUGACAACAGGAGCCCACAAGCCUUUUUUAUCCAAACGGGGGGGGCUUCAAGCAGGGGUUUCGUCAGUACAACCACCAAAGUCAAAGGAGUGCCCCCCAUCAUUAUUCAUUUCAACACAAAAGACAAGAAACGUAUCAAAGGAAGAAAAUAGGGCUGCUAAAGAACCACAGGAAAUAAACAAUUCUCCUGCCACGUAUAUUGCAAAAGAUAGAGGAAGACAACACAGAGGCGGUGCUAGUUGCACCAAUAUGGCCAACACAAGCAUGGUGGCCGAGCCUUCUUCAUCUCCUUGUCGGGACAGCUUACAAUCUUCCAAACCCGCAAAAGAUCCUCUAUCUGCCCCACAGGCCAGAACGGAAACAUCCGCUAAAACAGAUGAAACUUGGGCUUUUUCUAGUAUCAGGUCAGCUCACAAAACAAAAGGAGUCCCGAGGAAUGCCAGAGAUAUCAUUCUCAAAUCCUGGAGAUCGAGCACGAAACAGCAAUAUAAUACAUAUAUCAAAAAAUGGAUCACAUUCUGUGGAAUUAAAAUUGACCCCAUUAACCCUUCAAUAAACCAAGUUCUUCAAUUUAUGUCAAAUUUAUUUCGGGACGGACUUCAGUACAGAUCUUUAUGUGUGGCAAGAUCCGCACUUAGUUCAUUCUUAAGGAUAUGUGGCGAUAUCGAUAUUACCAGUUCAGAAGAACUAACACGAUUUAUGAAAGGGACAUUUAAUGAAAGACCAGCUUUGCCCAAAUACAAGAGUACGUGGGACAUUCAAAUUGUGUUAGAUUACUUACAAUCACUUAAAAACAUGACACUGCUACAAUUAUCAUGCAAGACAUGCAUGCUGUUUCUUAUUUUGUCGGCGCAAAGAUGCCAAACUUUACACCUUAUUGAAGUAAAAGAUAUCAUUUUCUCUCCUGAAGCAGUUUUUAUUCAACCAAACCACAUUUUAAAGCAGUCAAGACCUGGAUAUCACCAAGAAACUAUUCACCUUAAGGCAUUUAAUGAAAACCCAAACAUAUGUAUAGUACAAACUUUGAAAGAAUAUAUUAAAAGAACUGAAAACCUAAGAACUGGCCAGCGUUUACUGAUUAGCACUAUCAAACCUUUUAAAGCAGUAUCAAGAAGUACGGUUACUAGAUGGGUUAAAAAUGUAAUGAGAGAGGCAGGAGUUUCAGAACAUUUCGGUGCACAUAGCACAAGAUCUGCUUCAACAUCUAGGGCCAGGCUACAUGGUAUUCCGCUGGAAACUAUUGUUAGAACAGCAGGAUGGACAAAUGCUAAAACAUUUGCACGUUUCUACAAUAAGCCCAUUUCAGGCUCAAAAACCAUCCAUGAGGCUAUAUAUAAGCCAAGCAUGGGGAAGUAGAUAGUAGUAUCAUUUCAAUAGGUUGAAGGAAUAUACAUUUUGUAUUAGACAAAUAGAUGAAAUAUUAUUAAUGUUUUAACCUUUAAAAUAAUUGUAGUAAUAGAAUCAAUAAAAACAACAAAUAAAACAAUAUUGUGUCAUUAUCAAAACUGUUUCUAAAAAUUAUGAAGAAACAUCUCUAAAAUCUCUGUGGGGCCCAUUAAGGAGUUAUGCAGGAGAUGAAAUUGGAAAAUUAAACGAAACUUACCCAGUAAGGUGAAGUUUAGUUGAAAUUUCAUCGACUGCAAACUCCUUAAGGGCUCACACAC